AUGGCUUCAUUCACCAGGAUUUCAGAUCACGGUGAUACCGAGCACGGCGAAACUCGGCGGAGCUCUCGUAUCUCGAAAGCCUCGCUGAGAGAUGAUGCAGCCACUCUAGAUGAAUACGGCAAACUUGUGAAAUUUGUCUCGACCUACCGUGAAGCCGGAGCUGCACAGCCAGAGACUGACAAGGUGGAGGAGCGGCGUAUCUGGUAUGCCCCAUGGGAAAAACGCAAGAUCCGAGUCAAAGACGUCGAUGACCAAGCUGGCCAAUAUCCCGAAGAAUGGCUUAUUACAAAUAUUCGCGAGGGUCUCUCGACUGAAACGGUGCACCAACGCCGUCAUCGCUCGGGCUGGAAUGAACUGGUCUCGGAGAAGGAAAAUCCCAUUGCAAAGGUCCUGUCUUAUUUCCGUGGACCCAUUCUCUACGUCAUGGAACUCGCUGCGUUGCUGGCUGCUGGUCUGGAGGAUUGGGUUGACUUUGGUGUGAUCAUUGGCAUUCUUUGUCUGAAUGCCUCUGUUGGCUGGUAUCAAGAAAAGCAAGCUGCCGAUGUGGUCGCUAGCUUGAAAGGCGAUAUUGCCAUGCGUGCGAUUGUCGUUCGAGACAACUCUCAACAAGAAAUCUUGGCCCGUGAAUUGGUCCCGGGGGAUGUGAUCGUCGUCGGAGAAGGUCAGGUGGUUCCAGCAGAUGCCAAAGUCAUCUGUGACUACAGUGAUUCCAAUGGCUGGGAGGAAUUCUGCCAACUUCAUGAACAGGGUAUUCUCAAUGGUGGGUCUGAUUCCGAAGACACUGACGAUGAGUCCAAGAAAGAAAAUGCAGACGAAAAUGCCAAGGAAGACCAGGGGCCGACGGAGGAUGGGAGCUCUGACGAGCCACAGCAGCACCGUCCCCGAAAGCGGGGGUAUCCUAUCCUCGCCUGUGACCACUCUGCCAUCACCGGUGAAUCUCUCGCGGUUGAUCGGUACAUGGGCGACAAAAUCUUCUACACAACUGGAUGCAAGCGAGGCAAGGCAUAUGCGGUGGUGCAGACUGGUGCAAAGACCUCCUUCGUUGGCCGGACUGCAAGCAUGGUCCAGUCUGCCAAGGGAGCAGGGCAUUUCGAAAUCGUCAUGGACAACAUCGGAACAGCUCUUCUCAUCCUUGUCAUGGCCUGGAUCCUGGCUGCUUGGAUUGGUGGGUUCUAUCGAAACAUUCCCAUCGCCUCUCCAGGCGAGCAGACCUUGCUCCACUACACGCUGUCUUUGCUGAUCAUUGGUGUCCCUGUCGGUCUUCCUGUCGUCACCACCACUACAAUGGCCGUGGGAGCUGCAUACCUUGCUAAAAAGAAAGCCAUUGUACAGAAGCUGACAGCAAUUGAGUCUCUUGCUGGAGUCGAUAUCCUCUGUUCCGAUAAGACCGGCACAUUGACCGCGAACAAAUUGAGUAUUCGAGAGCCGUUCGUAGCCGAGGGUGUCGAUGUUGAUUGGAUGUUCGCGGUUGCUGCCCUUGCAUCCUCGCACAACGUGGAGUUUCUCGAUCCAAUCGACAAGGUCACCAUUCUGAGUCUUCGUCAGUAUCCCAAAGCCAGAGACAUUCUUCGACGGGGAUGGAAAACAGAGAAAUUCACCCCAUUCGAUCCUGUAUCGAAGAGAAUUGUGACAGUUGCAACCUGUGAGGGGAUUCGAUACACAUGUACCAAGGGAGCUCCAAAAGCAGUGCUCCAGCUCACAAAAUGCCCCAAAGAACUGGCAAAUGUGUACAAGGCUAAAGCACAGGAAUUCGCUCACCGUGGCUUCCGCUCUUUGGGCGUGGCUGUUCAGAAAGAAGGGGAAGACUGGGCUCUACUGGGUAUGCUGCCUAUGUUUGACCCGCCACGAGAGGACACGGCGCAAACCAUCAGCGAAGCCCAGAACCUUGGAAUCAGCGUUAAGAUGCUCACUGGUGAUGCGAUUGCUAUCGCCAAGGAAACUUGCAAGAUGUUGAACCUCGGGACCAAAGUCUACAAUUCUGACAAGCUUAUUCAUGGAGGCCUGAGUGGUGUGAUGGCUGGAGACUUAGUGGAAAAAGCAGAUGGCUUUGCAGAAGUGUUUCCAGAGCACAAAUACCAGGUUGUUCAAUUGCUUCAGGAACGUGGCCAUCUGACUGCGAUGACCGGUGAUGGUGUAAAUGACGCGCCCUCGCUGAAGAAAGCUGAUUGUGGAAUUGCAGUUGAAGGAGCUUCAGAGGCCGCUCAGUCUGCCUCGGAUAUUGUGUUUUUGGAGCCUGGUCUAUCGACAAUUAUCGACUCAAUCAAAGUUGCCCGCCAGAUCUUCCACCGGAUGAAGGCCUAUAUCCAGUAUCGGAUUGCCCUCUGCUUGCACCUGGAAAUCUACCUCGUGACUGCGAUGAUUAUCCUGAAUGAGAGCAUUCGCGUCGAAUUGGUCGUUUUUCUGGCAUUAUUUGCAGACCUGGCAACAGUUGCAGUUGCCUAUGAUCACGCCUCGUUCGAAUUACGCCCCGUAGAAUGGCAACUCCCUAAAAUUUGGGUCAUCUCUGUGCUUCUCGGCGUGUUGCUUGCUAUGGGCACCUGGGUCGUUCGCGCCUCAAUGUUCCUCCCAUCCGGCGGAGUGAUUCAGAACUGGGGCUCCAUCCAGGAGGUUGUCUUCCUGCAAGUCGCCUUGACGGAGAACUGGCUGAUAUUCGUGACUCGCGGGAUCGACACCUGGCCAUCCAUUCAAUUGGUAUCUGCAAUUCUGGGCGUAGACAUCUUGGCCACUGUCUUUUGUCUAUUUGGCUGGUUCACAAACGAGAAUAUGAUCACCGAUCCCCGCGAAAGCUUCAUCGAGACCAAGGAUGGAUGGACUGAUAUCGUGACCGUGGUGCGCAUUUGGGGCUACUCGCUUGGCGUCGAGAUCGUUAUCGCACUGGUAUAUUUCAUCCUCAACAAGAUCACCUGGCUGGAUAAUCUGGGUCGCGCGAAACGCAGCAAGGGCGAUAUCAAGGUCGAAAACGUUCUUGGCCACCUCGCUCGACUUACCAUUGAGUAUGAAGAGCCAGGGAAGCCGAAAGGUCGGUUCUUCUUGUCUGCCAGCAAGGAAGAAGAGGAGAUGGAGUAA